GACAGGAAAAUCCAUCUUGUUUAACUUUUACCGGCUUGCGUGUGUCUUGCCAUGAUGUUCGAACUAGGGGAACGACGCGGUUUGCACUGCGCCACAAACCGGAUAGAGAGACUGUUGAGAUCGUGCUCGAACUUUUUGCCUGUUUCUUUUGUGAGUUAAAGCAGUAAGACAGUUUUCGAUUUCAUAACACCGCUUAUUUCAAUUCAACGGGUGCCUUAUGCACGCCAAACUUCAAGCGAAGUGUAAGUUUUAUCCAAGAACUUUAGGACGGCAAAGGCUACGCGAAAGUAGUAGGUCAAACGGCGUGUGUUGCCAUUGCGCAGCGUUACUUCUUGAAGGACAGUGACGUUCGAAAGAAAUUUCAUUUUUAUCGGACUAAUAAGGCAUGACCCCAGAAUUAUCAGAAUUACACGUGAAUUCUUCUUGUCAAUAUGUAUAAUCAAUUUAUAGGGACGCCUUUCAAAAGUCCGCGACAACUCCUGUCUGCCAUUACUUGUUCAUGUACUCUGAGCAUGUACUGGGCACGAUGGCUUCGUCAGCGUUCGGCGAGGACUUGGGUCCACUCACGCACUUCGUGUGCAGUGGAUGGAUGGAUAUCAGGCGGCAGCUUACGCCGCCUAGCCUAGUCGCCAAGCAAUGGCGACCGCCAAUGUUGCUUGAUGGACUUUUGAAAAAUAUCUUAGUUGUCCGAGCCAAGCCAAAAAGCCCGCUUCCUAAACAGCCAUGCGGUGAAAGAGUGACAUGUCUGCGUGAGAUAUCGUCCGUAAUCUUGUCCUUUCUUUACCACCCCACCACACCUUCCGCGUGCAGUGGGUUCGGCGAACUGCUGGAGUGCUACGCGUACCACUACCUCAACUGCGACGACCGAGGCGGAGUCCGCAGAGCGUACUUCGAGAGGCUCCUCAAGGCCAUGGUCUCUUCCUUCCAGCUGCUCUGUGGUGCUGACAGGAAGACAUUGCAGGAUCUCUUCUACGACGGACACUGCAUCCUGAAGGUGGCCAACAACGCCGGUGGCUGCAGGGCAGCCAACUUCGAACCGGCGACGACGUGGAAGCGGAUCUUUCGGUUCCAGGCGGAGCAGCAGGACUGCCUGAGCAUGCUGCGCCACACCAAGUGCCUGUCACGCGCCCUCAGCAAGUCCGGCUGCAGACCGGAGGCCACGUCGGCGUACAACACCUCGGUCAUCGACUUCCUCUUCGUGUUCUGCCAACAGGCGUUCUCGUCUGGCUCCAGUGAACUGUGCCGUCCUCCGGUGGGACUGGCUAUCUCUCUAGUCAUCGCCGUCUUGCUGUGGUGUCAAAGUAGCAGGUUGCUGCGCAUCAGUCAUUGACUAUACUUCCCCGCGAUAUCCGUGGCUUAUUGUUUUAAUUUUGCUUCCACGGGCUCUUUUUUUUUUUUUUUUUUUUCUUGCUACUGAAUAAAUUGCAGGAA